CCCGAGAGUGGCAAGGGGCCCCGGGGUGCACGGAAGGCCUGGGGCUGGGCUCCCCGCGGUCGGGGCGCUCCAUCCCGGGGGUGGCUCCAGGAACUGGGGGGCUCGGACGGGCCUGCACCCUACUCCUGAACCCCAAGAGUAGCGAGAGGUCCCGGGUCGCACAGAGCCCCUGGGGGUGGGCUCCCAGCGGCCGGGACGCUCCAUUCCGGGAGCGGCCCCGGGAGGAACUUGCUUUUCGGGGGAGGGUCACCCGGGCCGUCCAGACCCCCCGUCCCGCCCCAUCCCGCCCCCACCCCCCUGGGCGGGACUCCGGGCGCCGGGAGCGCCACGCGGCGGGGGCGGGCUCCUCCCGCUCCUCCUCCCGCUCCCGCGGCCGCGCCUCCUCCGCGGCUCCCCGCCCUCCUCCCGCCGCGCCGGGCCCGCCGCCGCCCGCCCGCUGCUCCUCCUUCCCGGGCGCCGCGGCGAUGUUCAACCGCGCCGUGAGCCGGCUCAGCAGGAAACGGCCGCCGUCAGACAUCCAUGACAGUGAUGGGGGUUCCAGCAGCAACCACCAGAACCCCAAGAGUGCGGCCAAGUGGGCGGUGUCCCUGGAGAACCUGCUCGAAGAUCCAGAAGGCGUGAAAAGAUUCAGGGAAUUUCUAAAAAAGGAAUUCAGUGAAGAAAAUGUCUUGUUUUGGCUCGCCUGUGAAGAUUUUAAGAAGACGCAAGAUAAGAAGAAGAUGCAGGAGAAGGCGAAGGAGAUCUACAUGACCUAUCUGUCCAGCAAGGCCUCGUCGCAGGUCAAUGUGGAGGGGCAGUCCCGGCUCAGUGAGAAGAUUCUGGAAGAACCACACCCGCUGAUGUUCCAGAAACUCCAGGACCAGAUCUUCAACCUCAUGAAGUACGACAGCUACAGCCGCUUCUUGAAGUCCGACUUGUUCUUAAAACACAAGCGGACAGAGGAGGAGGAGGAGGAGGAGGAGGAAGACUCACCUGAUGCCCAGACAGCGGCGAAAAGAGCUUCGAGGAUCUAUAACACCUGAGUUUCCCGGAGCCGGUGUUUGGGGGGAAGAGCCAGUCUGUGCCGGACUGGGUGUGACUGCUAGUGACUCAACAGGACUGAGAUGUCAAAGCCCCUCUGGGUGGAGGGUGUCUGUGUAUUUUAUUAACUGCUUGACCAAGUCAGUUUUGCAUGAUGGCUAAUCUUACUUAAAAAAAAAAAGGAAAAUAAAUAACUUUGAAAUUUUAGUACACACACACACACACACAGGUGAAAAAAAAGGGCCUUUGACACUGGAUACUUGGAGCGUUUUAUAGCUUGAUUAAACUUCACACGAGGC